AUGCCGGACACUCCCGUCACAAAUCCUGAAAAUACACAAGGAGGCGCACGAAUAAAUGCUGAUAAUAUGAACGGGAAAAAUGCACAAAACGCUAAUUUACAAACACAGCUCCCGACGCCAAGCGAAGUUUUCCGAGUGGGAGUAAAGCCACCGAUGAUUUGUAAAGAGCAACCGGAUUUGUACUUCAUACAAAUGGAGUCACAAUUCAUGGCAUCAGGUGUAUCGACUGACACCACGAAAUACCACCAAGUGAUCGCAUCGCUCGAACCACAAUACCUCGUGCACAUCGCUGACAUCAUAAGAAAUCUCCCAGUGCCCAAUAAAUAUGAGACAAAGCCAAAAAUCGUGUCAAAACCUCGUCAACUAAAUCCAGAAAAGCUAGCGAUAGCUAAGCGAGAAUUCAGCUACAUGCUGAAGCAAGGCGUCUGCAGCCCAAGCAGCAGCCAGUGGGCAAGUCCACUGCAUAUGGUGGAAAAGAAGAAUAAAAGCGAAUGGCGACCAUGUGGGGACUAUAGGCGGCUGAACAUCAUAACAAUACCAGACCGCUACCCCCUGCCGCACAUCCACGACUUCUCAUACAAGCUCAAUG